UCCUAUAAUUUGCUAUCGUUGGUACUUGAACACCAUGCUCAAUUAGGUCGCCGCCAUCUUCGGUUCGAGACAUGGCACAUGAUAUAUUAGGUCCAAGAUGGGGGCGAUAUAUUGUGGGUCCAGUUCAAUUUGCAGUGUGCUAUGGUGCAGUUGUUGGAGCUUGUCUUAUAGGUGGUCAGUGUAUAAAGGCUAUCUACUUGUUGUUCAAUCCGAAUGGUACAAUGAAGCUCUAUGAAUUCAUAAUAAUAUUCGGAGGACUAAUGCUAAUCCUAGCUCAGAUGCCCUCAUUUCACUCUCUACGCCAUAUUAACUUGAUUUCUCUACUCCUAUGCCUUGGCUAUAGUGCCGCUGCUACUGUUGGCUCCGUCUAUAUUGGACAUAAAUCAAAAGGACCAGAGAAAGACUACUCACUAGUUGGCAACUCUGAGGAUCGGUUAUUUGGUGUAUUUAAUGCAAUUGCGAUUAUUGCAACAACUUUUGGGAAUGGAAUUAUUCCUGAAAUUCAGGCAACGCUAGCACCACCAGUAAAAGGGAAGAUGUUCAAGGGACUAUCCGUGUGUUACAGUGUAGUUUCAAUGACAUUCUUUAGUGUCGCGGUGUCAGGUUACUGGGCAUUUGGGAACCAAGCUGAAGGCCAGAUAUUAAGCAACUUUGUUGUGAAUGGAAAUCCUUUUCUACCUAAAUGGUUCAUUUUUUAUGACCAAUGCCUUUGUCAUCCUUCAAAUUUCUGUUGUUGGUGUGGGGUCAUUGGAUCAGUUGCUGCCGUAAGGCAAAUCAUUCUUGAUGCCAAAUCUUAUAAAUUGUUUGCCAAUAAUUACAAAAUGGACAAUGCAAAAACCAAUAAGACUCCUAUGGGUAUUGGAACUAGGUUGGAUGAAGAUCCAACUGGAACUUGCAUGGAUCAAACUAUGUAUCGAGAAAACACCAUUCAAGAAGAAACCACUCCCUUAGCAAUGGUGAACUACAAACCCUUUCUUGAAACAACCGAAACCACUUCCGAUUUACCCAAGCCUGCUGAAAACCCUAAACCUCUGACUUCAAACCUUAAAGAAGCAGAGAGCAAGAAUGAAAAAGAAUAA